AUGGUUAAGGCAAUAACAGCGGCCAGCACCGAUGUACCGAAUGCAUAUGUGACCGGUUCUUGGCUCAAGACACGCUUGCCCCUCCAAGCAAAAGGAACUGCGGAUUGCAAGUUGCAAGGCACCAUCAUUUCCAGCAACGCUGCAAUCAGUGCAUGUGAGCGUUGUGACGAGUGGCAGCGGGCGCUGAGCCUCUUCAAACAUGUCAAUGACUUGCGUCUCGAUGCAACAAUCAUCACCUUUGGCGCAGCCAUCAGUGCAUGUGAGUCAGGUGCACAAUGGCACCGGGCCCUGCUGCUUCUAUAUCAGCUUCUGGAAUCUUCAUUGCAAGCAAGCAUCCGGUCCUAUAGUGCUGCCAUCAGCGCAUGUGCUGGCUGUGGUAAAUGGCAACUCUCGCUGGAGCUUCUCAACCAAAUGGAAGCAGCAGAGUUGGCAGCUAAUAUCAUCACCUAUAACGCAGCGAUCAGCGCUUGCGAGAAAUGCAAGCGAUGGCUCACUGCCUUGAACAUUUUCGAGAAGCUGAGAGACCUUCGGUUGGAAGCCACCGUGGUGACUUAUGCUGCUUGCAUCAGUGCCUGCGAAAAGGGCGGACAAUGGACGAGGGCUUUGCACUUUUUGGCCGAACUAGAAGCAUCCAAGAUUCGCUCCAACUCCAUCAUCUACAAUGCGGCAAUGAGCGCCUGCGAAAAGUGCAAAGAAUGGGAGAGGGCCUUGUUCCUGUUUGCUCAACUGGGUGCCCAAAGCAUGCGAUACAGCACAGUCACAUGCAACGCAGCCAUCAGCGCAUGUGCAAGUGGAGAGCAGUGGCAGUGGGCUUUGUUAUUGCUCGCGGGUUUUGCGUCACAUAGUUUGGAGAAGUCUGUGGUUACAUACAGCGCAGGCAUCAGCGCCUGUGAAACUUCAAGACGCUGGGCACUGGCUUUGGAGGUGUUUGAUUCUUGCCAAGCAGCGCGGGUUGAGGAGACCUUGGUGCUCUACAACACAGCCAUCAGCAGCUGUGAGAAAGGCAGCUAUUGGCAGUUGGCUGUCCAGCUCAUCGCGGAACUGCAAGGCAAUACUUUUCGCCCAAGCAUUAUCACAUUCAAUGCGGCAAUGAGCGCUUGCUCCAAGGGCAGCCAGUGGCGAAGUGCAAUCUUGCUUUUUGCGCAGGCCCAGAACAGCAGUGCGCACGGCACGCUGGUGACAUACUGCGAAGCCAUGGCGGCUCUUGCAGCAGGUGCCCAGUGGCAUGCAGCUUUCGAUUUUCUUGCUUCGUUGAACAGGAGCCCCUAUCACUCUUUGGUUGCUGCUUGCAAAGCAGUGACUGCUUGCGAGGCAGCCCCAUGUCCGUACUUGAGGCUGAGCCUGUAUGAUCUUGAACUGCGACUUUAUUCAUUCCUUCAAAAUUGUUGUGCUUCAAGAUUCGCGCAUACCGUGGUUCUGGACUGCACUACUUUGUUCGUUCGCCGGUGCGUUAAAUUCCUCGUUCGACUUUCACUCGUUCAUCGCCCUUUGCGGUUCAUAUGCGCUUCAUGGCUGAUGAUAUUUAACUACUGUAAAUUGAUCAUUAAGGCGCGACUUGUUUUUCUGCUAUCUCCUCACAUUCUCUCCGUGCACUUGAGUCGCUGCGUCAAGGAUUUGCGCACUGUUCUAUCAGCUUCCUCUUUAAGCUACCUUUGCUCGUGGACUUUGUGUUCUUGGCUGUUUCUUAUGGCUGCUUUUGCUGCUGCUUCGUGCAGCCGCUUCCUCACAGAAGUCAGCCGAAAAUCCUUCACGCAGCUGCACAAGAAAGUGGCCCAACGUGAAAGGCAACCGCACUGGACAACAGUCGAAAGCUAA